UUAAAACUUUGCUAAACUCUGACUAUUAUAUGAAUGUUAGAGGUUGGAGUCAUGUAAGGUCCCCUCAUGCGUGUGUGCAGGUGGGCAUGCUCAGACUAAUUCAAUCCUUUUUUUCGUGAAUGACCGAUUAUCCCAAUCUGUAGCUGAAGUCGCAGUGCUGCAGCGGCGUUGAGACCUUCACUCUGAGCGACAGACGGGGGGAAAGACAGAGUUGGCAUGGCCCAGAAAAUUAACUUUGAGUUCUCCAUCCGGAAAUACAGGCCUUCCGAGGAACGUGAGGUCAUGUCACUCUUUCGCGAUGGGAUUCUCGAGCAUGUGUACCCGGCGUUUUUUAAGGCCAUGAGUAAUCUGGACCACGUCGGGCUCACUCUGAGCAUCUCCAUGGCCGGAUACGUGCUCGGAGGGAGCUCCUACUUCCAAGCUCUGUUCUUUGGCUUCGCGUGGGCCAGCCUCAUUUAUUCCUGCUGCCACGAGAUCUACAACAGCUACAUGAUGAGGAGGCUGAGCACCGACAUGGCCGACAUCGAGAGCAGCUACCUGGACAACCCCGAUAACGGCUUCUGGGUGGCGGAAGCGGACGUCAACGGUCAGACGCGGGUGGUGGGAAUCAUGGGGGUGAUGGGGAGGAGCGAGGAGGAGCACGGCGAGCGCUUCGACGACUGGAACGGAGGGGUGAGCGGCUCCGAGAUCGCUCAGGACGCCGUGGACGGGAGCUUCGGGGAGGUGCGCCACCUGGUGGUGGCGUUCCCGUGGCGCCGCAUGCAGCUGGGUUCGCAGCUGACCCGCAAGGCAUUGGAAUUCUGCAAAGAGCGAGGGUUCACCCGGCUCGCCGUGGACCUCAGCUCACCGCAGACGGCGGCCAUUUCUAUGUACCAAAAAUUAGGCUUUGUUCAAACGGCGCCUCACGGCAACACGCACGUCAAUAAGUGGUUCUCCAAACUAGCCCGGAUAAACAUGGUGCACAUGGAGAAGACCAUUUAAAUCAAAUAAAGCAGAGACUUCAGACCCCGCACGUGCUUUUCCAUCCAGCACAUUGAAGUUAAUUUAUGGUUUUUCUUCAUUGAAUGCAGAAGAAAUCUCCAGUGUGAUAUCACCCUUGACUCACCGUCAGGGUUAUUCAAAGAAAAGAGCAUUAAA